AUGUCUGUUUCGCAGGUGAAAACGAUGCCGCCGUACCAGCCAUUCCAAUGUCUGGUCUGCCAAAGUCGGUUUACUCGCCAUGAAAACCUCAAGCGACAUUCAGCUCUACAUUCCCGCUCUCAGGCUGAGGCGUCGCUCCCCUGUGACUUUUGCCACGCAACAUUUUCCCGCCCAGACUUGCGCAGUAGACAUAUGAAAAGAAAACAUCCAGAACAGGAGCAGCGACGAGUGCCAAAGAGGACGCAGCGUCAAUCGGCAUCCAGGCAAGACAGGGCGCACUCUUCUGUAUCACCGACGGCCGUCUCACCUACUGGAAGUCAGGGAGCCAUGAGCUCCCCGGGGUCUACACAUUCGAGUCCUGGACAGGAAAUGGGAAUUGAGGGGGCGACAUGGAAUCCGGCGAUGCGGUAUCAGCAACAGUUCGAGCCUGGUCAACUGGUGGAAACCACUAAUCUUGCGACUAGGGCAUCUGUGAGUACUGGGGUUGCGAAGACUCAGCUUACGACAAAUACACUCCAUCAACAGACCUCGCUGGCUGAGACUAGCUUCAUCGAUCAGAUUGUGCAAGAUGCUGCAGAUUUGGAACGUAGCUUGCUUAUGGAAACCUCUUUCCUGAAGUCUACCGAUCAGCUUGAACCCCGGAUACACCCGAUGAACAACCAAAACGAUCCGCUUGACACAAGUAUGGAUGAAUUUAACUUCAACCAACCUAUUUUUGAUCGACUCUCGCCAAAUGACAUACCUCAGCUCCAGGACGAUUGGUCCCCGACUGCCCUUCAAAUAUCACGGGGCUGCGAUCUCUUUUUCACUCGAGUCUCACACUUCUUACCUUUUCUCCAUUCCCCAACAUUUGACCCGACACAGUCUCCUCCACAUUUAGUCUUGAGUAUGCUCUCCCUUGCCUAUCAACAUGGCGAGGAUCCAGAAUGUGGCAACCAAGAAGGCUCAGGCGAAAGCUUUUCCAUACGUUGUUUUCAUCGAGCUCGGGCUCUUCUUGCUUCCGAUGAAGAAAGACCAAAUGCCACAACAAUGAUUACAACGCUAGUUCAGUCAUAUUUGCUUCUCCAGAUAUGUGCCAUGAUGUAUCUUUGCGGCGACAACUCAGCUUCAGGUCUCAAGAUGCAUUCCCAUAUGAUUUCCCUUGCCCGGGCCGGGCGAAUGACACAGCCACUACCAGUUGAAUCUGGUGCGACUGCAGACUUGGAGUCACUAUGGCGAGAAUUCGUCAAAGCGGAGUCACACAAGCGAACACUCUUUGCAGUCCACCAGAUUGAUGCAUUGUGGUACCAAUUCCUCUCUAUCCCCCGCUCCAUCUCACACCUCGAAAUCAAACAUGAUCUGCCCUGCCCGCAAGAUCAGUGGGCAUCUUCAUCAUCUGCUGAAUGGGCCCAUCGACAACUAGUGGCCAGGAAUUCCGGUCCUUCUGUCAAAUACACUGAUGCAGUUCGACGUUUCAUCUCCUCUGAUGCCGAUAUCGCUUCUAUCUCGGCAUUCGACCCAUAUGGUGCAAUUAAUAUCGCCCAAUUCUUGAUUUCCAGCGCCCGGGAGAUCUCAGGCUGGUCUACCAUGACCGGAAUCCUGAGCAUGGAGAGGUUUGGGGCGCUCAGAUCCUCCCUAGUCGUACUGGGCCCUUUCAUCUGUCCUGAGACACAUACCUCACAGACACAGCACGCAAUAUUCUGUGCUGCAACCUGGGAAACCGCCAUGAUAGAGCUGCAAAUGUGGUCACCUUCCCAUACCGGUGGCAUCGUGGAAAGCAGCAUAGAUGCUGUCUUGAGCCAGUCAACAUACCUAGGUACAUCGCGAUUUCUGUGCGAUGCAGACACUGCGAAAGCAAUUUUGCCACAUGUCAACUGGUUUUUGCGAUAUCUUGAUGAAACAUUGGUCCCAGACUCUGAGGCACCCUGGGUUGCCUUGUACGCAUACAAAGCUUUUUUGAUUGCCUGGCAACUACUAAGCGGUGGGGUGUCUGGUGCGAUGGAGGCUGUGGGCAUUCGUGAUGGGGAUCUAGAGGGUGCUAUGCUGUGGGCGAGGAAUGUGUUUCAACGGAGACAGAAAUGGCAACUUGGGAAAUUGAUAUUGUCAUGUCUGGAUGAGCUGUGUAAAUGA